UCGGAAACGACCGUUAUGUUUUCUUAUCUUCUUCAUCAUCAAUUCUCCUCCUCGUCAUAAAACACUCUGUUUUUGCUUUGAUUUUUUUAAUGGCGAACGAUUUCGUGUUCACCGAGGAAGAAAUGGCGGUUGACGGAGGCCUAGGCUACCCGACAGCCUUCGCCAAGCUCUGUCGAGAUCGGAGUUUCGGGCCAUUCAGCCAUGGCCCGCCCUAUACCUUCACCCCUUAUGCUUUGGUUCAGCAAGAGGAAGCAAGAGCAAAGGAAUUGGAUGAACUUUUCCCACUGACUGAUCCGAAAGCGAAACCUACUACAAAGCCCAAGAUCUUCUUGAAUCUUCUAUGGAAACAGCUCAACCAUCUUGGGAAUGCUGGUUUUGACCCUGAAAUUAUUCGUGUGGAUCCGUAUGGCAAUGUUCUGUAUUUUCAUGCUGAUGCUGCUUCCCCUCUUGCAUGGGAUAUUGAUCACUGGUUUCCUUGCUCAAGAGGAGGAUUGACUGUUCCAAGCAACCUCAGAAUCUUGCAGUGGCAAGUGUGUAGAAGGAAGCAUAACAAGCUAGAAUUUCUGAUUCCCUGGUGGGAUUUGCAAGUAGGCAUAUCCAUUAACCAGUUCUUGUCCAUCUUCGCCUCAUCUAACUCAGAUUUCAGGCGGAGGGCGUUUGCAUGGUUGUUUUAUGAAGGGGAAAGUGAAGAACUCAAUUCUUCACAGACAGUUGAUUCCCACACGUUCCCCCAGCAUUUCUUGGAAUCAGAAGGUAGAUUAGGUCUUGCUCCAGCUGCAGUUGUUCAGACGCGACGCGAGUCUCUUGAUGCCCCAUUGAAAUCACUGGAUCACAACAGAAGGCCUAAAUCCAACACUCCCAUAGUAGCAUCUGUGAAAAAAGGCCAACUGCUUUCAAAGGAGAAUAAUAGCGCGUUGAUGGAGACCAACCCGUAUCAAGCCAUUGUCAUGGCAAGAGAUUCUCUAAAACAGCGAGAGGAGGCGUCAAAGAUGCAGGCAGAAAUACAUAGAUUAGAUAACGAAACAUGCGAGUUGCAGCACAAGUCUGAGGAGGAUAAACUAUCUAUUCAAGAACUGGAGCUGGUGCUGGUCAAGAAAAGGAGGCGGGCAGAAAAGUGUCGAAGGCUAGCAGAGUCGCAGUCUUCCUACAGGUUAAUGCUGGAGAAGAUGAUCAGAGACGCCAUGCACCAAAGUGUCGUCUACAAGGAACAAGUGAGGUUGAAUCAAGCGGCAGCUAGUGCUCUCAUGGCUAGACUCGAAGCUCAGAAAGCAAUAUGUGAUUCUGCUGAGAGGGAACUUCAUUUGAAGCAUAAACAGAGAGAUGAGCUGGAGAAACAGAUAAGGCCUGAAUGGGAACAGGCGAGGAAGAGAUCAAGAAUGGAUGAUACACUCACUGAAGAGGAUGACGACCACCAGAUCACUCUAUGUUUGCCAGAAAAUGAGCUAAACAUUCAGCAAGAAAUGGAAAAGAAUGAAAUUGUAUGCGCAGAAACUGCAGUGAACACUCUUCUUUGUUUGCCUGACAUAAAAUCCGCUGCUCAUUCACACAAGGAACUACGGAAGUUCUUGGAGGAGGAGCAGAGAUCUUCGACAGCUAGUCCACUUCCAAACGAGGAACGAGAAGAGGAAGACGUUGAAGGUGAGAAGAAUGAGUCCACUACUAAAAUUAGAGUCUUGAAGCCUGAUCUAAAUAAAACUGGGGACGAUGUUGCUGUAGAGAAUGAGUACAUAGUUGAAGAAAGGCUUGAAAAGCUGGAGAUAGAAGAUGGAGGGAAAGUGUACAAUAUUCAGUUCCCAUUUCCCCACGAAACAGAGGAAGAGGAGGACGAAGAAAGCAGAAGACAACGUGGGAAAGGGAAUAUAGAGAAAUGGAUGCAGUUUCUGCUUGAAAACACGCAAGAAGACACAGAGGUAAACACGCAGACCUCUGGUGGAAAAGAAACAUCCAGGACAGACGAACUAAUCGAGAAGAUGAACAUGAUAUUUCCCCACACAGAUAUUAAAGAUUCAAGGGCUCAGAAAACACAGUGCACAGAGGCUGUGAAACUGGUUGGAAAAAAGAUGGAUGGUCAGCCAGUUGUCUCCGAUAUAAGUGACAAGAACUCAGAAGGGGAUAAAGAGAAUGACAAAAACAUGGCAAAUAUCAACACCUCUUUCAAGAACCCUCCUUACAGAGCUGUGCCACAGAAGAUAACAACGAAGGAAUCAGCUUCGCUUGGUAAAGGAGUAAGCAGCCCCGAUGAGAUAAAGGGGAAAGAAAGGGGACUAGUGAGGUCAGAGAGUGCCCGGGCGUUUCGCCGUAUACCAUCAUCUCCCUCUCUUUUAUUGGAAGGCGUGAAAAAGAGAGUGGACUGCAUAAGAAGAAAACCCUUGGUACUUGAUGAUAAUGAUGGAAAUGAGAGCGUUGGAGCCAGAAAAAGCUUCAUGAACUCUUCCAUCAAAACCAUCAAGAAAGCAGUGAGGAUUUAGAUUGUGCAUGUGGUUAGGUUAUAUGUGUGUAUUAUUUGUUGAGAGGCAAACAAAAAAAAGAAUUGGUGUGAUCUUUUUUCUUUGAUUCUUUGAGUUGUUGGGCACUUGGGCUUGUUGUUUGAUCAUAUUCAUAUUGGUUUGUGGAAAUAUAUGUAUGUAAUAACAGCUUGUUGUUUGAUCUUUUAUCCAA